UAUUAUUAAAAUUUAUAAAAUCGAGAAUGGUAUUGCAACAAAUUUUCAAUAUGCCACCUUUGACUGGAAUUAUAGUUUUCAGUAGUUCAUUAUUAAGUUACGCUACCUAUGUUUAGUAUUUGAACCCUUCAAGCCUAUAUUUAAAUUAUAAAUUAGCCUUUUCGGAUUAAUUCUAAGUAAUUGGAAAUAUAUUUUUAAUAGCCAUGGAGGGCAUUAACAAGCAUUUUAUAUUUUGGAAAUUUAGAUAUAAUAACAAUAAUGCGUCUAAUUUUUUUGUAAAUAUAGAAUAUUAAGAAAUAGUCAAUCGAUAUCAUCUUCUUUAGAAAUGCAUACUUUUGUUGGUUUUGCAAACUAUCUUUAUUAUUUGAUAUUGAAUUUCAUCACAAUUACAUUGAUAGGAUUAUGGAUGAAUGAGUAUUCGCUCACAUAAUUCUUAAUUGAAGCUCUGAUGUAUGUUUGGGGCAGAAAAAACUAAGAAAGACCAUUAUUAUGUAGGCUUUUGCUUCUAUUUAGUCUUAUUUGUAAUUUAAGUACAGGCGUAAUACAUGGUAUGGUUUCUUCUUCUCCUGAAUGUGAUAAGUGGAAAAUCAAUACAAUCUAAUUUGAUAGGAGUUAUGAUUGGACAUACUUUUUAUUACUUUACUUUUAUUGUUCCGAAGUUACCAAGAUUCAAAGGAUUAUAAUUAUUAUCUACUCCAAAAUUCUUGUAAUAUCAUAUCAUUAUUGUAGAAUAAACAUUUGUCAAAGCUUUGAGAGGUAAAAUGGACGAUGA